AUGGACUCUGAAAUCAGCAGCAGCCGUAAGCUCAGCGUUGGAGAUAGGAAGGUGUCCAUCACAGAGGAUGGCGUCGUGCCAGUGACCUCUAUCGGAGACGGCAGAACCGUGUCUGCAAGUGCCGCCAUCGACCCGGUGGCAGAACGACACCUGGUGUGGAAAUUCGACCUCCGCAUCCUACCCACGUUGGCGAUCAUGUAUCUCUUCAACGCACUGGAUAAAUCGAACCUAGGCAACGCAAAAACGGCAGGUCUCGAGAAGGAUCUCGGCUUGAGGGGAGACGACUACAACCUCAUCCUCUCCGUCUUCUUUGUGCCUUACGUCUUGUCCGGCCCGUUCGUCGGAAUGGCCAGUAAACGAUUCGGGCCCAGUCGGACGCUCCCACUCAUGAUGACCUGCUUCGGGUUCAGCACGCUGAUGGUCGUGGCGGUCAAGAAUUUCGGCGGACUCCUUGCGUGCCGAUGGUUCUUGGGCAUGGCGGAAGGAGGCUUCUUCCCCAGCAUCAUCUUCUACCAGACUCUCUUCUACCGCCGAGGCGAACUCGCGCGCCGGCUCGCCAUCUUCUACGCGGCGUCCAACAUCGCGUCCGCGUUCGGCGGACUCCUCUCCUUUGGCGUCUUCCAGAUCCACUCCGGCAGCCUCGCCAACUGGCGGUACCUGUUCGUGAUCGAGGGGGCGUGCUCGAUGCUUUUCUCGCUCUUCGCGUUCUGGGUGCUGCCAUACAACGCGCAGUCGGCGCGUUUCCUCACAGAGGAAGAGAAACAGCUGGCCUUCUACCGCAUCCAAGUCGACUCGUCCUCGGUCGUGAACGAGGAGUUUAAUCUGCGUUCCGCAUUGGCCAUUUUCAAGCAUCCAACCAGCUGGGUCAUCCUGGCCAUCGAGGUCUGCCUAGGCGUGCCUUUACAGUCCGUCAGUCUUUUCCUACCGGUCAUCGUCAAGCAGCUCGGUUACUCGACCGUCAAGAGUAAUCUGUACACCGUGGCGCCCAACAUCACCGGCGCCAUCAUGCUUUUGGUGUUGGCCUUCGCGUCCGACUACACGCGCUGGCGGUUCCCGUUCGUGGCGCUGGGGUUCGGGUUCACGUGCAUCGGCUUUAUCAUAUUUGCGGCCGUGGACCUCGAGACGCAGAUCAACGUCGCGUAUUUUGCUUGUUUCAUGAUGACAUGGGGCACCUCGGCGCCCAGCGUGAUCCUCGACGUCUGGUACAACAACAACAUCGCCGACGAGAACAAGCGCGUCAUGCUGACCAGCGUGGGCGUCCCCGUCGCCAACCUCAUGGGCGUCGUUAGCUCCAACAUCUUCCAGAACCGCGACGCGCCGAAAUAUCUCCCCGCGCUCAUCACCACGGCCACGUUCGGCGCCGUCGGGUGCCUUUUCACGCUACUGCUCGGCGCGUGGAUGAUCGUGGACAAUAAGCGGCGGGACGCCCUCACGCCUGGUAAGAAAGUCCGCGCCCGCGAUGUGCCGACCGAGUUGUUGAGGGAUGGGCCUGCGGCGGCGGAGUAUCGUUGGUUUUAUUGA